AUGCCCCACCUCAUCAUGCCCUUCACCCGCAAAGACGGCCCCAAGAAGUCCAAAUUCUUCCGCACCACCGAGGUCAAGCUCUCCAACGCCGCCAAAGAGGCCGCCGAGCUCCUCAACAUCAUCACCCUCCCGCUCGUCUGGUGCCCCUCCGAGGCCAAUAAGCUCAUCCAUGCUUUCCAGCAGUGCGAGUACGAGAUUCUCUCUGACCCCGACCUGACGCGCUUCGUCGACGCAAACCUGCACAAGUGGCAGAUGGCCAUGUACAAGCACAACCAGGAGUACAAGAAUCUGUACGAGUGCAUGAUGACGCUCAAGGCACUCUACAAGAAGCGCGUCAACCGCGAGGACACUCAUUGUGGGGAAUACGCGCUGUGCUGCAACAUUAAUCUUGGCUGGGCCAAGUUGAGUGAUACGUUUGAUCCGUAUGUGAUCCGUUACUUCAAUGAGACCGAGCAUGGGAAGAGGGAUAAGAGUAAGAAGGGGAGAUUGGUGGAGUUGGAGAAGAGGAUUGCGGACCAGGAGAAGAUUAAGGAGGACAUGAAGGAUAGCGGUAUUCUUGAUGAUGGUCGUGACUGGCGUAUGAACUAUGACGGAUGGUGA